AUGGGCUGGCAGCGACGUGCCAGGGAAGGACCAGGGUCGCCUCUUUGUGCUGCCAGCUGCCCAAAUGCUACCUUAAACCAAACCAAGUUAAACUGUGCCAAAAGCUUUGUGACUGUCAGUGGAAGCCCAGCAGUGACCCGAACAAAAGUAAUUUUCAGGUGGUGGAAAGUCUCAGUUAGGAAUGAAUUUCAUUAAUCCAGACCUGGAGAAAUUAAAGAAUGUCAGGAGGAUUUUUUUGAUUAUUUAUGUCUUCAUAUUCAGAUUGCUAUAGUGUUUGGUGCCAAAGUUCUGGAUCAUGUCCUCAGUCUGUGCUGAGGUAACACUGACUUCCUGGAACAGCUUCCUGUCCCAUUGCUCCUGUACAUCAUUUCCUUUCUGGAGCUUGAAGAUAUUGCCAGGCUUUCUCCAGUUUCAUGCUGA